UCCGGGCGGCUCCGGGCACCGCGCGCACACACCGGGCCGGCUCCCGAGGGCGCCAGCGCGGCCCCGGGGAGCGCGAGCGGGAAGCGCGCGGCCUGCGGUCAGCGGCCCAGCGGCCGAAAAGAUGGUGUCCUGGAUGAUCUCCCGAGCCGUGGUGCUGGUGUUUGGAAUGCUCUAUCCGGCGUACUAUUCCUACAAAGCCGUGAAGACGAAAAAUGUCAAGGAAUACGUUCGCUGGAUGAUGUAUUGGAUCGUCUUUGCCCUCUACACUGUCAUUGAAACGGUGGCCGAUCUGACACUUGCAUGGUUUCCCCUGUACUAUGAGCUGAAGAUUGCCUUCGUCAUCUGGCUGCUGUCGCCCUACACUAGAGGGGCGAGUUUAAUCUAUAGAAAGUUCCUUCAUCCCCUGCUGUCAUCAAAGGAAAGGGAAAUUGAUGAUUAUAUCGUCCAAGCCAAAGAAAGAGGCUAUGAGACAAUGGUGAAUUUUGGACGGCAAGGUUUGAAUUUAGCUGCUGCAGCCGCAGUCACAGCAGCAGUGAAGAGCCAAGGAGCAAUAACGGAGCGUCUGCGAAGUUUCAGCAUGCAUGACCUGACAGCUAUCCAAGGGGAUGAGCCCGUGGGACACAGACCCUACCAGACUUUGCCAGAAGCAAAGAGGAAAGGCAAACAAGCCACCGAGUCACCAGCCUAUGGAAUUCCACUGAAAGAUGGAAGUGAGCAAACAGACGAAGAAGCGGAAGGGCCAUUCUCCGAUGACGAGAUGGUGACUCACAAGGCACUGAGGCGAUCCCAGAGCAUGAAAUCUGUCAAGACCAUCAAAGGCCGCAAAGAGGUGCGGUAUGGCUCACUAAAAUAUAAAGUGAAGAAGAGACCACAGGUGUAUUUUUAGUGUCUACACCUCACCCUUCCCAGGACGAAUAAACCGCUAACAAAUCAACUUCAUUUUCUAACCUGAUGUAUUCAGGACUUAACACUUUAAAUCUUCAGAUUGUGGCAGGGAUGGGAUUUACACAAUGACUUUAAGUGGUCUGUGUUUCUUUAACAAUUACUUUUAGAUGUUUAACUGCUAAACUUAGUUAUGUAAGGUUUGUAAAUGUACGUGUAGAUAACAAAAGUGACCGAGAAUCACGUUCCUGAUGUCAGCAGCAACACUGAGCGCCGAGGGUCUAAGGAUAAAGCCUAGACCCAGGGCAGACUUCAAAAGUCUCUGCUCCAGGACACACCUGCCUGCCCUUCUGGUGUUGCAUUCUGUUUGAGUCAUCUUGCCGCACGCAUCUAUCACAGGAGAGUGGUGACAGCCCCUGAGGAGCCAGCGUCAUUACCAUAGGAGGGGGCUGUGUCCUUUCCUUAAGCCUUAGAUGCUGAAAGUUUGUAAAACAAAUUAUUUGAAAACCAGGUGUCCACAUAGCACUUUCCUGGCUAGUUUUGCACACUUGAAAAUUGUUUACUUAUUUUACAGCUGUACAUUUACAUUUUCCUGAUGCUGUCUGUUUUGUUGUCUGUCAUAUUCCGACAUGUCAAGAUCAUGCCUUGAAACCACAUCAUCUCCUUUUCCUAUGGGUUUGUUUCGUUUGGUAAAUUCAUUCAGCCCAUAUAGACACAUAACUGUUAAGUUUGUAUUCUUUUGUUUUGUUUUAUUGAAGUAGGGUCUCUUCCCUGAUCCUCGUCCUGCUUCCACUUCACCAUUGCUGGGAUAACAGGCGUUAUCACACUUGGCUCAUUUUAAAUGCCCUUCAGUUAUAUUCCAGACAUCUGAGAAAUUAUCUUAAACAUUAACCAGUUUCCAUCGUUGAAUUUGAUGUGGUUUUUCUCAACAGCAAAUUACAUUAUUCUAGGUU